UAUUUUUGUUUGUACUUUGCGUUUCUAUAAUGUCCAGGAAACGUGCUUUGACGCAAAAAGAGUUACAAGACGAAAUGGAUCGAAUUAUGGAAAACAUGUCAGAUGAAUCUUCUCAAUCAGAGGAUAAUGACGAUAGUGUCGCAGAUAGUAACUAUGAACCCAGUGAUGAUGACACAUCUGAAAGCUCCGAUAUAAAUUCUACCAGCUCCCCCGUGCCUGCUCAAUACACAAACAAUAGUGACGAUGAAUUAUCAGGUAAUUCUAGUCCAAAUUCUCCAUUGCCAGGAAGUAGUGCUGCCUCCGUGCCUACGCAAAACACAGAUACAGAUAACGGUUUAGCUGAUAACGCCGCCUCAGAUAAUAUGAUAUGGAGGUUUCCAACAAGUAAACAACCAGUUUUAUUACCCUUUACAAAACAAACUGGCACUGAACCCCAUCUUGCUGAGCUUCUGUGCGAAGAACUUCUUGAAAUGUUCUUUUUUUCACUGGUUGAUGAUCCUAUUUUCCAAUACAUUGUUGACCAAACGAAUCGUUAUGCCACACAAGUUAUUACAAGUGAGGCAGAUGUACCAGUAGUAAAUCUAGGUUACAUAACUGGUUAUCCACAAAUAAAAAUGAAAUCAAGAAAGUUUUUGGCUUGCUCUCCUAUAUGGGUAUUGUAAACAUGCCUAAUAUACAAGCCUAUUGGAGCCGAGAAGAUAUGUAUAAAAACUCUAUGGCUCCCAACUUUUAUUACACGUAAUAGAUUUGAGCUGUUACUACGUACGUAUGUUGCACUUUGCAGAUAAUCAGGAUAAUCCAGAAAAUGACGGACUCCAUAAGAUUCAACUAUUGAUUGACAAAGUAGUUACAAAUUUUAAAUCAUCAUAUGAACCUCCGAAACUUGCUGCAUUGAUGAGUCUCUUAUUCCAUUUAGAGGGAGAAUUGAUUUUUUUUUUGAUUGAUAUUGCGACAAUACAUAAAAAACAAACGCCAUAAGUAUGGAAUAAAAGUAUUUAAGUUGUGCAGCAAAGGAGGUUAUACCUACAACUAUAAAAUUUAUGCAUAUUAAAUUCAGGCCGUACUCUCGUAACAGAUAACUGGUAUACAAGUGUAGAUUUGGCAAAAAGACUGAUGGAAAGACAAACAUAUUUGAUAGGGACAUUGCAAAAAACAGACGAGGCCUUCCAAAAGAUCUGGUAAACAAAAAACUUAAAUCUGGAGAAAUAGCCGCUCUCGAAAACCAGGAUGGUGUCACAGUAAUUUCAUGGAAUGAUAAACGUAACGUUUUAGUUCUUUCUACAAAACAUAGCAAUACAACAGUAGACACAAAAAACUGUAAAGAAGCCUGAAGCCAUUGCAGCAUAUAAUGCAGGAAAGUCAUCGGUCGAUAUAUCUGAUCAAAUGACAGCUUAUCAGGCGCCUUUACGUAGAACCUUUAAGUGGUACCGUAAAUUAGGCGCGGAGAUAAUCCUGAAUACUGCGAUGGUCAAUGCAUGGAUUAUGUAUAAGGAAUGUGUUAAGAAAAGCUGUUACAUAUAAGUUAUGUGAAGCGCAGGAUCCUUUAGAGCAACCGGAUGCAGAGAUUACUCCAAAAAGAAAACGCCAAAAACACGAAAAGAGCAAAAGUCACUAUAAGAAACGAAGAGCUUGCAGUAAAUGCUAUGAAA